AAUACAACUGAAGUCAAUAGUUAUGUGCGAAUCUUGUUCCACUUCCGGUUUCGAAUCCAACGUCAUCUAUAAAAGUCCGUGUUUUUGUGUUUCAUUUGGAGUCAAAAUGAUUCUCGCUAAUUUAACAUUUCAACUACAAAAAUUUGAACUGGACUUCACUUUCUAAAAAUCAAGUUAAUGUCGCAUUAAGAAACGAUAAUCUUUUUUCAAAAAGAAUUUGAACGUAUUUUGAAAAAACAAAAAAAAGAAAAACAACGUAUUGAAUUCAAAAAGAAUAAUAAAUUCUUAGAUUGUAUUUUUAAAUAAAUAUAAAAAAAAAAACAAGAAAAAGAAAACAAAGCAAGAAUUUAUAAAAAUGGGUAUUCAAGAUUUGCAACUAUUUUUGGAUGGUAAUAGCGUGCCAGGAGCAGCUGUACCAGUAGAUUUAUUAAAAAUUGGUAGGAGUAUCACCCAAAGGCAACGAACCCGAGUUGGCAAAGGACAACCACAGCCAAUUGCUACGCCUAAAUUAAGAUUGGUUGUUGAUGGUGAAUGUUGCCUUGAUAGACUUUAUGGAGGAUAUUUCUCAGAUUGGGCUUGCGGUGGUCAAUGGAAUCGAAUGUAUCAAUUUAUUUUGGUUCUAUUGCAAGCAACAGAAAUGCAAGGUGUCGAAUUGGCUGUAUUUUUCAAUGGAUCCCUCGAGUCUUCACGUCGACAAGAAUGGAUUCAAAAUCAAUUAAAAGUCCGAAUGAAAGUGAAUAACGUUUUAAAGCACAUUACAACAAAAGGUACACCACCACCAAAAGUUUGGUGGACACCUCCAGUUUGUUUGCGCACAAGUUUGCGCAUGGCUUUUCGUCAUCAUAAUGUUACUGUUUUAUGCAGUAUGGAUGAUCAUCAUCAGGAAGUCAUUGCCUAUUGUCGUGAAAAUAAUUUCAGUGGUCUUGUUGCCAAUGACGCUGAAUACGCAACAUUUGAUCCACCAAGAUAUUUUUCCUCUGAACAAUUGAAAUUGACCUAUAAAGGAUCACUUGAAACGAAGGAAUAUAUAAUUUCUGAAGUUACAAAAGCAUUGAAUAUACCAUCCGAUCGAUUGUGUAUUCUCGCGUCUUUACUUGGUAAUUUUAUCUUACCGGAGCACGAGCUAGUUGAAUUUUACAAAAAAUUAAAUAUUACAAUAAACUUAACAAAGAUCAAUACCGAGCAAACUAUUAAAACAAUAGCAAAUUUUGUCAAAGAAUUGCCAUCUACUGAACUUGAUGUUGUCGCGCAAAAAAUCUUUGGCUCACUCACUGAUCCAAGAUGCUCAAAAUGGAAGCAAUCUGUUCAAUAUUACAUCAAUGGUACCAAAGAGGGAUUCUUGAGGUACAAGCCAGUUAAACCAACUAAAGGAUUUAAAAUUGAUUCGAAACAAGAUUCUCAGGGACAAUUAAAUUCUUCCGAUUCUGCUGCGUGUUUGGAAGAUGAUGCAAAUUUGGAAAUGACAGGUUUUGCAUCUGAAACGGCGGAAAGACAAAGAGAAACUUUAAAAGCCUAUGAAGAAGCUACAGCAAGUGCUAAAGCUGCCACACCUGAAAUUGUGAUAGAACCACCUGGAAUUCAAGGACACGGGGACGCUGACACUGUGCGAGUUGAAGAAGAACAAAUACCAACGACAAUGGGAAAUGGACACGCUGUUAAUGGAACUCAUAAUUUAAUGAUAAGUACAUCAAGUUCGAGUAGCAGUUCAUCGGCAACAUCGCCGUCGCAUGAGAAAAAUUCAAAUGUACCAAGUACAGUGCCAGAAGUUAUGCGCACAGCAUCUGAACGUCAUCAAAAGGGUUUGAUGUCACCUUAUAUCUAUCAAAUUCUCACAGCUGGUGAAAUAAAAUUACCAGUUCUUUUGGAAGAUGAAAAUAAUCGUGAAUUUCCUUCAAUUCAUUUAAUUUAUCGACCAGUACGACAAAUGGUUUAUGCAAUUUUAUUUAAUGUUCAUCAUCGAAUUUAUUUGGCAAACAAGAGCAAGGAAAAAGGAGAUACUGACAAAGUUGAAUUAUCGGACGUGACUAUUAAAGAAUGGAUAUGGUCGAAAACGAAUACUUACCAAUAUCCAGAAUUGGUAAAAGCUGAACAAAUUGGUUGGGGCGUUCCAACAAUUCAGCGUUUAUGGUUUGGAACUGUAAUUGAUGAUAAACGUCGACGGUUACGUGCUUUCGUAACAUGCAUGAUGUCAGAUACUCCACUUAUGCUAAAUACUUCAUAUGUUCCUCAGCAGUUACUAGUUAUGGCUUGUGUACUAAGGUAUAUUAUGACUUUUUCUGAUAAAACAAAAAUUCUAAGACGACAGGAGUUGGAUGCGUUUAUUGUGCAAGCCUUCUCUCCAGAAUUAAUGAAUGCUCAAUAUCUACAAGAUUUACAAUUACCGCUCGUGACUGCUCGUGGCGUUCAACUCGCUACUCUAUUCAUGGCUGGUGUUGAAACUGCCCUUUUAGCAAAUGAUGCAUGCGGUGCACCAAUUCCAUGGCUAAUGUGUUGUCCAUGGCUUUAUUUCGAUGGAAAAUUAUUCCAUCAUACACUUGCAAAAGCAAUGGUUGCUAAAAAUCUUUUAGAACUUUGUAAUGGACAUAUCGAGCGUGUCGUUAAAGUGGAGAGAAUGCGAAAGGCAAUUCUUGAAGGUGUUAACGUGAUUUUUGCAAAACCUCCACUACCUCUCAAUCCAAAUCUUCGAGUAUCGGUAACGCAAAAUAUUUUACCAGCUGGAUGCACGCUCAAUGAUCCAAUAAUUCGUGGACGUGGAGCCAAUGUAACACCUCAACGUGGAUUAAUGAGACGUCCACCAGUGCCGUCGAGAGGUGGACAAUUGGAAAUUGCUGGCGUUGUUGUUGGUCAAUGGGGAGCAAAUUAUGGACAACCAGGUCGUUUACCGCAACCAUUACAGGGACCGCCUCGUGGUCGACUUCCGCCUCAGGUCACGUCUGUUGGUGGUGUGAAACUUGGAUUUCCUAGGGGAUUUAAUCAAGUAGGACGUCCAGCAUUCCAGACAAGGGGAAACAAUAAUCGUGUUCAAAUCGCUGGUAGAGGGAAAAAAACUCAAAUGAAGGCCACAUCAAAAAAGAAGGCAGUUAUCAAGAAAAAUAAAGAUUUUGAGAAAAAAGUAAGCACUGGUCGUGGCCUUACUGUGGAAGGUAUCAAUAGUGAUUAUGUUAGUGAAUCACUAGCAAAUUUGUGCUUAUCUAAAGAAAUUCACGCAGUGCCCGGACAAUUCGAUGAUGCUGUUGAAAAUGGUCGAAUUGAAAAAGGUCAGGGAGAUGCUACACUGAAAGCUGAAAACUAACAGGUUUUUUUUCAUUUUUUUUUUUUUUAAAAAAACCUCAAUGAUCUUUGACGAAAAAAAACAAAAAUCCCGGAUAUGACUCAAGACUGUAACCAAUCUAAUUAUUAUUAUGUGUUCAUUGAGAAGUUUUGCAUCACAAAUGUUUCAGUAUUUAGCGUUAGUUUCUAUAUCAAUUUAUAUAAUUCAUUUGUGAAUUAUUGUUUCAUUUUCUUUUACUCGUAAUUUGUUACAUACUUGUUACAAAUUUUGACUUUGAAAUUUAAAAUUUGACUCAUCUUGAAAAUUUGACUUGUUUGAAAUUUAAAAAAUUUCUGAAAUUUCACAUUUUUUUGAAAUUUGACGAGAAUUUUGAAAUUGUCAUUUUUCGAUUUAAUUGGUUAUCUGUUUGAAAGUGAGAUUAAUUAAUGAAAUAAUUAAUUUAAUGGAAAAAAAAAAAUAUUUGUGGUGACAACAUUGUCAGCUAUGGUGGGGCCAAAUGUUAACAAAAGCGCUAAAAAAAAAUAUCUAUAUAAAAAAAAAAAUCUUGUCCUCACUGCCAAAAAAGCAAAAAAAAAAUAAUAAAUGCCACCGUGGUUAGUAUGCAUGCGCUAAUUUUUAUUAAUGAGAAAGUCGUGUCAACUGCUACAAAAGUAUUUACUUCUUAAGGAGCGUGAUUAUUUUUUUUACAAUGAAAAAUAUAUAUUUUUCGGUAUUAUAUGAAAUGCUCGCUUUUGUUUUCUUGGCAACCGAAUUACCCAGAAAAAAAAGAGGAAGAAAAAAGAAAUUGUAAAAAAAAAAAUUCUACAUAUUUGUAGAAAAUAUGUCAAAGAAAAAAAAAAUAAUGGGAACGGAAUAUUCCAAGAUAACACUGAGGAAUCGAGACUGAUGCUUUUCAUAUAAGUAAAAUAUAUAUUUAUAUAUGAUUUAGGUUUAGUGUUCCCAUGUAGAAUAAAUACAUACGUAAUUGUUGAAACUUUUGACUGCGAGUGAGCAAAAAAAUAUAUGGAAAGAUUAAGCAUGAUUCGAAAGGGAAUUACUAUAUUGGUGUAAAUAAACGUGUUGUGAUUAUAAUAUACACGUUUAAGAGAAAACGAGAAAGAAGGUGGUAAAAAAAUGAAAUCGAUAAAAAAAAACGCCUUUGCGCGAAUAGAAACAUAUAUUUAAUUUGCUGGUGCGUCUGAAAUUCACCCGAGUGAUUGUGAUUCGAUGCAUGCAGGCAGACUUUGCAUUUAAUUUUUGUUUUUACACAUUUUUCCAAUUAAUUCAAAAAUUGAUUAAAAAGGAAACAAUUUUUUUUUUCAAAAAUUGAAUCUAUUUAAAAAUAAUGAAACGAACGUUAUAGAAUUUCUAUUUUAUGAAAAUUGUAUUUUUCAAAUUACUAUCAUUUUUUUGUUGUUACUAUAAUUUUUCUUAUUAAAUUCAAAUAUAGAUUUUAUUUUAAUUUGAUAAAAAUUCAAUCAAUUAUACAAAAAAAAAGCUCUGAAUUCGUCAAAAAUCUAUGGUUAGAAGAAAUAUCAAUUUAUGAAUUCAAAGUUUGUCUGUACAUAAAUCUGGUUAUGUAAUUUAAUAAACUUUCUAAAUUAAAAUCCAUUAUUUUUUGAGUGCGUACAGAGAAAAAAAAUGUACGUGUCUUCGCUGGGGGAGGGAUGGGGGGGGGGUGAUAGGGUUAACAAUAAUAAAAAAAAUCGAUUUGCGAAAAAAUUUGUGAUAAGUUGCCUUAUUUUGUAGCAUAUUUACACAAGUCUGUUUUUUGCUUAAUUUGUACAGUUGCGAAAGAAAGACGGUGUGAUUGUUGUAUAUAUACAUAUAUAUUUAUAUAUAUAUACAAAGAAACUACCCUGUGAGCGUAUUGAGAUUAGAAAUGAAUUGUGUUAAAAUGAGAAAAAAAAACACAAAUGUUUAAACACAAAUAAUGUUUAAAAACACAAAAUAACUAAGAAAGACAGCACGAAAAAAAAAAUUUAAUAUUUGUCAAUCAAAUCAAGACAAAAUUACGUGCAGAGAUUUAAGAAAGAGAGAAAGAGAGAGAGAGAGAGCAAAUAAAACAUUUAUCGAAAUAAUAUUAAAAAAAAAAAAAAAAAAAAAAGAAACGAGAGGUGAUAAACAAAUGUUCUAUUUUUGUAAAAUUUGUUAUUGCGUAAACUGACAAACAAGCGUGAAUUCAAAGUUCUUACGUUCUUUUUUCUCCACAUUAAUUUUAAUUAAGUAAUCAGUUAAUUAUUUAAUACUAAUUAAUUAAUUACUUCAGGAAAAUUUUUGUGGAAUAAGAAAAAUGAGACAAAAAAAAAAAAAAUGCGAGAGAUGCAAGACUUUGAUUUAAAAAAAAAGUGCGUUAUAAUUGACAUUGUAAUAAAAGAAAAAGGAAUAAUCAUCAUCGCGCUGUAUUCAUUUUUUUACAAUUAAAACUUGGGAGAUAAAAAGAUUAGUAAUUUUAAACUGAUCAUAAAUCGAAAGGUAAUUUACGCUUUCGUAAAGAUAAAAAGAAACUCAAGUCACUGACAUCUAAUGUAAUAAUAUUAAUCGUUUGCACUGCAUUACAAAAAAAAAACGAUUUUUAAAAAACAAAAAUACACUGAAAAGAAAGGAAAUCUUAACUAAAACAAAAAAAAAAAAAAGAAAUAAUAAAAAAUAUGAACGACUCAAAGUCAGGUGCGCUGAUUUUUGUGCCCUGCUUUUUGUUAGUAUGCGAUAUAGGGGCCCACGAUAAAUUUAUAAUGUACACGUAUAUUUAUAUAAACAAAAGAAUAAUCAACUAUAUUGUGUUACGCAAAAUAUAAACGCAUCGAUACAUUCAAAAUGUAAAAGAAAAAAUAUUCUAUUAUUUAAAAAAAAAAUACUUACAAUUAUAAAAUUACUUUCUAAAAUUACUAAAAUCUUCUUUCGAUUAGAUUAUAAAAAAGAAAAAUAUUUCUCUACUGAGAAAGAUCUUUUUUUUUGUUUUACUAAUAGUGUUGCUUGUAUAUUAUAAUAAUUAACCAAAAAGAAAUACGACAGUAUAUUAAAUAAUAAAAGACAAAAAAAAUUAUUGACGUAGCUAAAAAAUACACGUGGGUCCAUAAAUAUAUACUCUGAUAUUAUUUUUCAUAGUUGAAGAAGUACGCAAUUUCGUAAUUUUUUUUUUUUUAUUUUAAUUGCUGUUACAAUUUUUUCUUCCAUUUAACAAUUUCUCUUUACAAUUAAAAAAAAAAUGUAAUAACAAUUUAAGUAAAGCGCGAAUUGAAAUUAUAUGUUUCGUCGCUGCGAAAUUUGUAAAUAAUAAUUUUCACCUAAUGAACUUUUUUCGUGAGAAAAAAACUGUUUGUUUUAAUUUGACGAAGAAAGUGACUCAGGCAUAUUUACUAAAGAAAAUGUCGAAAUUUAUCAAAUAUUAUUUAUACAUACCUAUUAGAUCAUUUUUUUUUUGGACUUAAAAGAAAAACUGCACUCAUAAAUAAUAAUAAUAAUAAAAACAUGUCUAAUGAAGAGACAACAUUUAA